AUGAAUGUUCAAGGAGUUGCGGCAGAAACACAAACAGGAACUCCCAUGGUUGUUCCUACUUUUGAUCAUCUUCAUCCCUUGUAUCUGUAUCCAUCAGAUUCACCUGGAUCGCUGAAUGUUGGAAUUCUACUCACUGGCAGUGAUAAUUACACCUUAUGGAGCAAGGCUAUGGAAUUAGCUUUGCUUGGGAAGAAUAAGGUUGGAUUUAUUGAUGGCACGGUGAAGAAGACUCAAUUCACAGGGGAUUUAACUCGGCUUUGGGAUCGGUGUAAUGCAAUCGUUGUCUCAUGGAUACUAUGCAACGUAAGUAAAGAUCUUCAUAGUGGAGUUCUUUAUUGCUCAGAUUCUCACUUGAUUUGGGAAGACUUAAAGGAAAGGUUUAACAAGGUAAAUAGCUCUCGUAUUUUUCAGCUGCAUAAGGAGAUUUUUACUCUUGUUCAAGGUGUUUCGUCUGUAUCAAUUUACUACUCUAGACUAAAGGAUUUGUGGGAUGAAUAUGAUUCUAUAAUGCCUCCCCCUGCUUGUACAUGUUCUAGAUCUAAGGAAUUUUUUGAACAAUCACAACAUCAAAGGAUGUUGCAAUUUCUUAUGGGACUUAAUGACAACUAUAGUCAAGCUAGGAGUCAGAUCCUGUUGAUGCCACAACUUCCAAGCAUCAAUCAAGCUUAUGCUAUGGUUAAUCAAGAUGAAAGUCAGAGAAUGGUAGCCGGAUCAAGUAGGAUGAUGCCUGAUAUGGUUCCUACUGCAAUGUUUACCUCUAAAUCUGGUCCUAGUAGUAAUAAACCUAUAAGACCUUAUAAUCCUAAUGCUUUUUGUGAUUUCUGCAAUAUAAAAGGACACAUGAGGACUGAAUGUAACAAACUGCUGAAAUGUGACUUUUGUCACAAAACUAGCCAGCUCAAGGUUAACUGUUUUAGGUUGAUUGGGUAUCCAACUGACUACAAAGGAAAAAGAGAGGUUGUUGUUGCUGGAAAUUCUACUUAUGAUGCAGGGCCUAUGCCUCAACAUUAUCAAUCUGAUAAACCAGAGUCAACUCAGCCAUGUCAUGCUCAGAUGCAGUCUUCAUAUCACACUCAGAUGCCUCAGAUGCAGUCACCAUAUCAUACUCAGAUGCAAUUCUCAUAUCCUCCUCCACAACAUUUUGCAUCUCAGCAAAUGUCUAUGCCCAUGUUCACUCCAAUGCAACAUCAGAAGCUUCUCCAAAUGCUAGAUCAAACUAAACUUGAUGACAUAAAUGGCACUGCUAAUAUGACAGGUAAUUCUUCGCCUCCAGCUGCUCACUUGAAGUGGAUUGUAGACACUGGUGCAUCCCAUCAUAUGGUAGGAGAUCCUACAUGUUUACAUCAUUCAGUUUUGAUAGAGAAUGCAGGUCAGGUUCAGUUGCCAACUGGUACUUCUGCUAAAGUCUCACAUGUUGGAGAUUGUCACAUAGGAGGAGGUGAUGACCUAGCAUCUGGGAAGGUGAGGGUGAUUGGUGAGGAGGAAGAUGGACUCUACACCCUCUACUCCCAGUAUGGUCAGUAUAGCCAUAAAGUCACAUAUCCACAGCACUGCUUGACAACUCUUCAAGGUGUUGAAAUUACUGCAAAUGUUUGGCAUCAAAGGCUGGGACAUGUUCCCAUGGGUGUCAUCAGAAAAAUUUCUGCAUUUCACAAGUUUGGUAAUAGUUUUGUUUUACAUAAAUGUGAUGUUUGUCCACUUGCCAGGCAGACAUGA